AGGCGGCCGUGGUGGAUGAGCCCAUGCAGUCUGGACCUAUUGCGUGCCGGUGCCUGCCGGGCACUACGAGAUGACCUGGAAGAACCAAAUCCAUUUCAUGCAUACCUAUCUACGGGAACAAAGAGAACAUACGAGGAAAUAGCAGCAGCACGGCCUUUGCACAUGCUAUUCCCUCUGCCUGGAAUGCUCUUCCAGCCUUCCUCCGCACCCCUGCCUUUGCCUACCUGGUUCUUCGUCCUUCAGAUCUUCACUCAAGCUCUGCUUUCUCCAGGGAGCCACUGUUGGCCCGCUAGCUGGGUGGAAUUGCAUGUCCACCUAGAUGGAGCCAUCAAGCCCGAAACCAUCUUAUACUAUGGCAGGCUGAGGGGUAUUUCCCUCCCUGCUGACACAGCUGAGGAACUGCAGGACAUCAUCGGCAUGGACAAGCCACUCAGCCUCCCGGAGUUCCUGGCCAAGUUCAACUACUAUAUGCCCGUCAUCGCGGGCUGCCGGGAGGCCAUCAAAAGGAUCGCCUAUGAGUUUGUUGAGAUGAAGGCCAAGGAGGGCGUGGUGUACGUGGAGGUGCGCUACAGCCCACACCUGCUGGCGAACUCGAACGUGAAGCCGAUCCCCUGGAACCAGGCCGAAGGGGACCUCACCCCUGACGAGGUGGUGGCCCUCGUGAGCCAGGGCCUGCAGGAGGGAGAGCGAGACUUUGGGGUGAAGGUGCGCUCCAUCCUGUGCUGCAUGCGUCACGAGCCCAGCUGGUCCCUCGACGUGGUGGAGCUGUGUAAGAAGUACCGGCAGCAGACGGUGGUGGCCAUCGACCUGGCUGGAGAUGAGACCCUGGAAGGAAGCAGCCUCUUCCCGGGACACGUGGAAGCCUAUCAGGAGGCUGUGAAGAGCGGCAUUCACCGCACAGUCCACGCAGGGGAAGUUGGCUCUGCAGAGGUGGUGAAAGAGGCUGUGGACAUUCUCAGGACGGAGAGGGUGGGCCAUGGCUACCACACUGUGGAGGACGAGGCCCUUUACAAAAGGCUGCUACAGGAGAACAUGCACUUCGAGGUCUGCCCCUGGUCCAGCUACCUCACGGGCGCCUGGAAGCCGGGCACGGAGCACGCAGUCAUUCGGUUCAAAAAUGACAAGGCUAACUACUCACUCAACACGGAUGACCCGCUCAUCUUCAAGUCUAGCCUGGACACUGAUUACCAGAUGACCAAACGGGACAUGGGCUUUACAGAAGAGGAGUUUAAGCGACUGAACAUCAAUGCAGCGAAGUCCAGUUUCCUCCCGGAAGAGGAGAAGAAGGAGCUGGUGGACCUUCUCUAUAAAGCCUACUACGGGAUGCCGCCUUCGGCCUCUGCAGCAGGGCAGCAUCCAUGAAGACAUCAUGGCCACCUCUCCGAGUCCUCCCCCUGUAGACGGAGCCUUCACAACUCGGGGAGGUUGAACGACACUCUUACCUUUACUCCUGGGAAGACUAUGGUUUCCGUAGUCAGCUGAUGCUCUUGAAACCUGUGCCAUUUCUGUACACAUGCAUAUACCUCGGUCGACAUGACCACAUCUCUCCGCCAAUGACGACCCUGGUUGGAUCUGAAACCCUCCUCCUAUGGUGACUUGUGCUAAAAAGCUGGUGCUCAAUAAAGAAGGCUGUGGCUGGUGUGCAGCA